CCCCUGCCCACCUCGCCCAUCAACCGGAGAGGCCGUGCUGCGUGACAUGAUUCCCGGCCUGGGCUACAACCCGGUAGUGCCUGGCUAUGCUUCGUCCAACUACCCCCUGGGAUCCCUGGCAUCCCCGUCGUCCGGGUCCGGGAGCUGGGCCGCGCGGCAGCCCGUGACGGUGGCCCGGCCGGCGCGCGAGGCCGGAUCGGUCACCGCCCUGGCGCUGGACACCCAUGCCGAGCAACUGAUCGCCGGGACCAGCUGCGGCCGGGUGCUGCACUACUCGGUGGACACGUCGCAGGGCGGCGCGGCCGGGGCGGCCGGGCGCGACACCGAGCCCCCGAAGCCGAGCGCCUUCUCCGGGUCGCUGGAGUCCGGCGAUGACAGCCUGGUGCUCCUGUCGUCGGUCCUGUCGCACCCGUCCCCCGUGCGGAAGAUCCUUUGCGGCUACCAGAUGAGCAUCUCGCUGAGCGACUACUGGGUGGUGUGCGCCUCGAUCAGUGGGACCCCCGUGUGGCGGGUGUCCUCGGCGCGGCUGGUGGCCGAAGCGUCGCGGCUGCUUGGCCAGCCGGCCCCCGCCACGCCGUCCAUCCUGACGGCCGGCUUCCUGGCCUACGAUGCCCUUUGGGUGUCGACCUCCUGCGGUCUGCUCAUCCGCGUGGGGCUGAUGGCGGCGUUUGUGGCCACGGCCGGGCGCCUGCGUGCGCAGUACCACCGGCGAAGCCUGCUGACCGGGAUCCCGCUGGACCGGGCGGCCGGCCGGGGCCACGCCGGGGCCGGUGCGGUGGCCCCGCCGGCCGGGGGUGCCCUGCCGGCCGGUGGCGGCCCCGCUUCGGGCGGGCCCCGGCCGGAGGGUCUCUCCCCGGCCGGGCCGGCCUCCCAGCAGAAGCCCACCGGCUCGCGGCGAUCCCGCCGGUCGCGGUCCAAGCGCAACCAGCUGGCCAAUCUGGCCGACGCCGGGGACGGUGCCCCCGGGGGCGAGGGCGCCGCGGCCGGGGCCGCCGGCCGCACCCCGCUCGAUGAGCGCCUGGCCUUCUUCCGCGGGUCGGACUUCCUGGAUGGGACGGCCGUCCUGCCGGAGGUGGCCGGCGAUGCCGAGGACCCGGAGCAUGUGCUCCUGUCGCCGGCCGCCCUGGUGGACCGGCUGCCGGGCGGCACCGAUGACACCGGCGCCGCCAUGGGCCCCCACUCCGGGCCCUUCGUCACGCAGGCGCUCUCCUGGCUGGAGCUGCUCCAGACGUCGGUGGCCGCGGCGCAUGCGACUGCCGAGGCGGAGGCCGCGGCGGCCGCUUCCUCGGCGGCGGCGGCGGCGGCGGCGGCGGCCGCUGCGGCGGCGGCCACGGCGGCGGCGGCGGCGGCGGCGGCAGCUGCUACUGCGGCGGCGGCGGCCGCUGCCGCCACCGCUGCCCCUGCCGCCACCGCUGCCUCCCCGCCUGCCGCCGGGUCUGCCUCGCCGGUGGACGUCGCUUCAUCGGGCCCGGUGGACAUCACGGCCGAGGCGGACGCUUGGCCGCUGCUCCAGAGCAGCAACAGUGCCACGGACCUGGCCCCGAGACCGGACUCGCCCUUCGCCGGGUUCCCCCAGCUGCCGCGGCUGGGUGACACGCCGGCCACCGGGGCCGGGGCUCCGGUGCCGUCGGUUUCCUUCGCCACGGCGGCGGCGAGCGCGCGGCGAGCGGCGGCCGCCGCCGCCGCCGCCACCAGCCCCCCGGACCAGGGCCCCAAUCGCGCCGCGGUGUCCAUGUCCUCGACGGUGAACUUCCCGCCAUUGGGCUCGGCCGCGCCGGUGUCCGGUGGCAGUGGCGGCGCCGGGCCCGGUGCCGGCACCGGCCUCGGGGCGUCCGGAGGCGGUGGCCCUGCCACGUCGGCCGCGGCCGGCUCCGCCGGGCUGGCCAUCGAGGCGGACCCCCCGUCGCCGGGGUUCGAUCAAUCGGCCCCGGCAAGCGCCGAGGCCGAGGCCGCCCCGCCGAACGAGCCGCCGGUCUUCAUCGUGGAGCUCCGCGGCUCGCCCCGCCUCGGGCAUACGACCUGCUUCGCCGGGCUUUCGGAUGGCCGGGUGCUGGCCUUCGACCUGCGUCCGCCCUCCAGCUCGAUCAUCUUCUGCACGCGGCUCUUCGACGGGUCCAUCCUGGACAUGGACAUCUUUGACCACAUGCUGGUGGCUUGCGGCCUGUCGUACAACGCCUCCUACGGCCAGUGCAUCCCGGACUACUUCAUUCGGUCGGUGGACAUCCGCAUGGUGCGGAACUUCUCGCCCGCCUCCCUGACGCAGAGCCUCCUGUCGGAGGAUCUGGCCGAUGAGUAUCUCUCGCCGAAGACCCCCUUCCUGCCGACCAUGCCGGCUUUCGUCCGGUCGCACCCGGUCUUCCACUCGAACUCGGCCGUGGUCAUGUCCUCCUCCGGGCUCUUCCAGGUCCUGGACUACAACACCACCUCGGCCAAGCUCAUCCACCAGGUACGCCGCCCGGCGUCCGCCCUGCCCCCGGCCCAUUCGUGCCCUGCUGACUGGCCAACCUGCAUGCUCGAUGCCGGGCGCGGCUACUGCCAAGCCACCAACCUCAUCCGGUGCCUGGCCAACACCGGCGUGCUGGAUGCCAUCGCCGGCAGCCGCGAGGCCAGCCUGCAUGGGGAUCUGCCGGAGCCGACUGGCGUCCGGCUGCCUGGCGAUUGGUGGCGGUCGCCGCGCGGGCCGUCCACCCAUGCCCGGGCCCAGCGCCUUGUGUCGGCCCUGCUGGAUCGCAUUGUCCGCGAGACGGAUGCCCAGCCGGCCAGCCUGCUGGCCGGGCUUGAUGCGGCGGAUCUCCCGGCCCCCGGCGGCCUCUCUCCGGAGGCUGGUGCCGGUGCCGAUCGCGAUUGCUCCGGGGAUCUGGUGCGCACCUCGACCACUGGCAGCCUGCCGGCCGCGCUGCUGACGCGGGUGGAUCCGGCCUCCGGGCGCCGGGUGCUCGGGCUGCCAGUCCGGACAUGGGCCAGCUGCUCGACAUGCCGGUUCGCCGGGCCCGAGCCCGCGGCCGAGGCCGAGCCCGAGCCCGAGGCCCCGGGCGUGCGGCUGUCUCUGGCGGUAGAUGUGCCCCUGGACCGGCCGGCCGGGCCGGAGGGUGCCGGCUUCGCGGCCCGGCUGCAGGCGGCCCUGAAUGCCGACCUGGCCGGGGCCGGGGCCGGGCCGCGGCGCGCCUGCCCCCGGUGCGGCUGCCUGACCUUCCGGCGGAAGCUGACCUUCCUGGCGGGGCCCGACGAGGGGCCGGCCACCGGUGCCGGCCCCUCGCCCGGCCCCUCGCCGGUGCUGCCCUCGGUGCUCAUGGUCCGGUGUGUGUCCUCCAGCGUGGCCGUGACCAAGCCCCCGGCCAGCAUCUCCGGCGGGGUGUUCCCCUAUGACCGGCACCGGUGCGGGGUCCACGGGGCCGACAGCUCCACCGAUCGCAUGGUGACCAUGCUCCAGUGCCGGAACCCGGGGGUGGCGCUUCCGCGUGCGGUGGCCGUGUCCACGGAUCCGGCCACCGGGCGCAUGGUGGUCACCCCGUGCGCCGUGCCGGCCGUCCUCGGGGCCCAGGGCCCGGCGGCCGACCCCGGGCCCGGGGACCUGGCCGUGGAUGUCGACCGGGGGGGCCGGCUGGCGGCCGGCCCCGCGGCGGGCUCCAGCUGCUAUGUCCUGGUGAGUGCCCUGCACUCGGUUCCCUUUGCCCCGGUGACCAAUCGCUUUUCGCUGCUGGCGAAUGCCGAGGCGUCGGCCGCGGCGGCGGCCGCCGCCGCCGAGGAGUUCUUCGCCCCCGGCUCGACCGCCGGCCCGGGGCCCGGCCCCCUGGGGGACCUGAUCGCCGGGGACUUGACGCACUUUGCCCCGGCGCCCCUGUCGGGGGCCUUCCUGCAGGAGGUGUCGCGCAUUUGCCCGGAGUCCGAGGCGCUGACCGUCCGGCCGCCGGCCCCUGUCCCGACAUCCGGCGGCGGGGGCACUGGCGGCGGCGGUGGCGGUGCCGGGGGCACUGGCGGCGGCGGGGGCACCAGCGCCGGCGGCGCCGGCCCCGGCCCCGGCAGCGCUGUCGGCCGCAAGGCCGCCCGAAGCCGGUCCUCCUCCCAGACCGCUGGCAAGGCCGCCGGCAAGGCUGCCAGCCCGGUGGCCCCCAAGGCCGGCCUGGCCAAGGGCCACGCAUCAUCGGGCCUGGCUGGUGCCCUGGCGCCCGGGCCCGGGGCUGCCCCUACCGGGGCCGGCGAUGCCCCGGUGGUGGUGCUGGCCGCCCCGGCCACGCCGACCCCCCAGCCACAGCAUCCCCCCCCGCCGGACAUGGAAGACCGGGUGACCGACCACAUUGUGGCGCAUGUCCGCGUGCCGCGGUCAUACCGCCUGCGGGGCACCCUGGCGCCGUAUGUGCCGCGCCUCGACCCGACCGAGCGCCAGCUGGGCCUGUCGGCCGACGGGGCCUUCUUCCGGGACCCGGGCCUCCGGGACCCGGCUCCCUGGUGCGUGCUCAAUGACUUCAGCGCCGGGGUCAUGGCCGAGGAGGGCCUGCUGGAUGAGUGCCACGAGGGGGCCUCCUUCGAGCCGGCCCUCCCCUGGCGCCGGCCCGGGGUCCUGUUCUACGUGCGUGCGGAGGACCUGGUGUUCGACGCGCAGCCGGGCCUGCUGGCCGCCGGCCCCCGGGCUCCGGUCCCCUGGUGGCGGGAGCUCCCGCUCCGGGUGAACCCGGCCAUCCUGGCCAUGGGCCUGGACUCGGAGGGGGUCAUGAGCCGCGGCGAUGCCGGGCCCCUGGCCCGGCCGGUGGCCCUCCCGCCGCCCAUCCAAUUGCCCACCUACGACGAGGUGUGUCGCCGGGCCCGGCCGCCGCUCGAGUGUGUUCCCUUCUCCACGGUCCCGCCCACCGGGGGGCCCGCCCCGUGGACCGUCGCCCUGGACUCGGAGUUUGUCAUCCUCCAGCCGGACGACGGCACGGACAAGGGCGAUGGCGAUGGCUGCCACCAUGACCCCUGCUGGCCAUCGCAUGCGCGCAGCUGCCUCCUGUCGAUUCCGAAGUUCUUCGCCGCACGUGUGUCCAUCCUCAGCACGCAGGCCGGCGUCGGGGCCGGGGAGUCGGGCAACCCGCUGGCCGGCAUCGCCGGCCUGGCUCGGGUCCUCAACCCGGCCAGUGUCCAGUCUCUGCCGGUCAUCCUGGACGACUACAUCGUGCCCCAGGCGCGUGUCAUCGACCAUGCCACGCGCUUUUCCGGCAUCCAGCCCGGCGAUCUGUGCCCUCGGCGGUCGCGCUUCCCGUUGCUCUUCUCGCGUGCCGUCUACCUGAAGCUCCGGGCGCUGAUCGACCACAACACCCUCUUCAUUGGCCACGGCCUGCAGAUGGACUUCCGCAUCCUGAACAUCCGGGCCCCGCGCGUGGUGGACAUGGUCAACAUCUUCCGGCAGCCGGGCCAGCGCAUGGUCGGCCUGCGCUUCCUGACGCACUACUUCUUCCGCUCGGUCAUCCAGUCGGAAACGCACGACAGCAUCAUCGACGCCCAGUCGGCCCUGCGCCUGUUUGCCAUCUACCAGAACGUCAUCUCCGGCGAGAAGGAUGUCCAGUCGUGGCUGCUGGCCCUGGACCCGUACAGUGUGGACCGGCAGUUGGAUGCGGCCGCGGCCGCGGCCGCCGCCGCCACUGAGGGCGGGUCCUCGCCCAGCCUGGCGACGCCUCCUUCGGCACACACCGAGGAGCUGGGCCGCCUGCUGCUGGAGGACGCCGUGGCCAGGAUGUACCGGUAUGGCUGGUCCAGUGGCUGGCAUGUUCAGGAGUGA